AUUUAUGACCAAAUGUUUGUUUUAUCUUACUAAUGUGCAAGGUGGUAAUUGGAUUGCGGUUCCAGCUGAAAUGUUCUUCAUCCUGCUGCUUCUGAGCUGUGUAUCGUCCGAAGUUAUCAGGGUUAAACUCCACCCAACAAAGUCCGUGCAGCGCAAUAUAAUUGAGUUCGGGACGUCCUUUGAAAAUCUCAAAAAGCUUUGGUUAUCAAGGCUAUCAGGAAAUACCUCUGGUGGACCCGAAUAUUUGAAAAACUAUUUGGACGCUCAGUAUUAUGGAGAUAUAACCAUUGGAACUCCACCACAGACAUUCGGUGUUGUAUUUGACACUGGUUCAUCUAAUCUUUGGGUCCCGUCAAAACACUGCAGCUAUUUUGAUAUUGCUUGUUUGUUCCAUAGAAAAUAUGACAGCUCAAAAUCCUCCACCUAUAUUCCGAAUGGCACUGAAUUUAGUAUUCGAUAUGGCACUGGUAGCCUAAGUGGCUUCCUUAGUUCCGAUGUUGUUCAGGUAGGUUCAACUAAAGUCAGUGGCCAGACCUUUGGAGAAGCUACCCAGCAACCUGGGAUCACCUUCAUCAUGGCUAAAUUUGAUGGAAUCCUCGGUAUGGCCUAUCCUUCAAUAGCUGUCGAUGGUGUUACUCCUGUAUUUGUAAACAUGAUCCGCCAGAAUUUACUUGAUUCGCCAGUUUUUUCAUUCUAUCUUAAUAGAAAUGCAUCAGCUUCGCUUGGUGGUGAAUUAAUGAUUGGUGGUAUAGACAAGAAGUAUUAUACUGGUGAAAUCAACUACGUAGAUUUAAAGGAGAAAUCUUAUUGGCUAUUUCAAAUGGACAAGCUGAUAUUAUCAGACACAGCAGUAUGUCUGGAUGGUUGUCUGGCCAUUGCAGACACUGGUACUUCAAUGAUCGCUGGUCCAACUGAAGAGAUAACAGAAAUCAAUAAGAAAAUUGGCGGCACUUACUUGCCUGGUGGCAUUUAUAGUAUUCCAUGUGAUCGGAUCAAUAACCUCCCGAAGAUUGAUUUUUUAAUAAAUGGAAGAAAUAUGACAUUAGAUCCUACAGAUUAUAUAAUGAAGGUAUCCCAAUUUGGUACAGAGAUUUGCUUGAGUGGUUUUAUGGGUUUGGACUUGCCAAAGCGAAAGUUGUGGAUAUUAGGGGAUGUUUUUAUUGGUAAGUAUUACACGAUAUUCGAUAUGGGCAAAAAUCGUGUUGGCUUUGCUAAAGCUGUUAGUCCAGAUUCCAUUCAACAAAAGAACUAUUAUAGUCCAAUGAUGCGAUUGUUUCCUGCUCAACCUAUUUCUCAGGUUGCCUCCAAAGUUCCAAGCGAAGUAUUCCCCUUUUCAAAGCUUAUAGAAGAUAUAGUUUAAAACGUGUGUAGUACUUCACAUUUCACUUUAACAUGAUGUCGUUCCUAUUCCAUACUUUGAAUACAAUUUCGUUACUAUUGACAAUUGACACUAAUUCUUGUCAUCGUAUAACGACUGUCAUUUGAUGCUUUUUAUUUUACCAUCAUUUUUCCCCCCCUUUUUUUAAAAAACAUUAUUCCACUAAUUUCAUGACUUUUUAGAAUACAUUUUAUACACAUUCAUUGUUAUUGUUGACAGAAAAGUAAUAACAUUAGCUUUCAACCACCCAUACUUAUCACUAGUAUGUGUUAGUUACGUCUUUGCUUGUUUUCUUGACGCUCUUUACGAGGUCAUUCAGGUCACGUAUUGUGAUCUGAUCAUUUUGGUUCUCUGAAGAAAAAAUGUUCGUUUGAACUGAGUCACACGGGACAGCACAGUUAUCAUGCGAAGACUGAUGUGAUAGUACCCAGUUGCCCAGGCUAUAAAGUAGGUGGAGCAGGAUUCGAACCUGAGACCCACUGACUGAAAGUUGAGCAUUUAAGUCAAUAAGCUACCGUUCAAAGAUAAUCAUGGUGAAAUUUCACCUCAAAAGGUGUAAUAUAUGAGCAGCUAGUUAGAUAUAAUACCAAACUAUAUUUUAGUGUAAUUGCCUUGAUUUAAGUAUGCUGUGGUAUGUUUAGAUCUUCUAUAGUUUGGUUUGUAAGGGUUAGAUCUGUCGGUUCAGUGAAUAUUUAGAAUUCCUAAAUCCUUAGCAAAAAACGAAAAUAUGUAGUAC